AAUCAGAGCGCCUCUGACUUUCACCGCCCAUAAUCUAUGCGGUCGGACCGCGCCGCCUUUCUUUCUUUCACCCAGUCGAGUACCACGCGAUACGGCGAUCGGUCGCCGCGCCAUGCGCCUCGGCAGUUGACGGUUUGUGACAGACGUGACAGUUUGACAGUGCACCAUGACAGUGGCUGCCAUACUCCUGCUGCUUGCGUUGGGCGCGCGUGCGCAAGACGAAUCCUUCGCGAGCUCUUUCCUCUCAGGUCUGUUAGACACGCUGGACACGCAAGUGGACGCCAAGAACUGUCCGGGCGUGUGCAUGCACGCGUUGGCCUCGCUCAUCUGCUCCAACGUGCUGGACGAGGUGGAGUGCCCCAACCCGUCCAUGAAGUGCUGCGUCGACGAACCGUUGGGCAACGAUACGGUAACGACCCGCAAGCCGUUCACGACGCGCUACACCACCACGGAGGCGUACGACGAGGAGAGCACGACGCGCGCCGACAAAUACAAAGACAGUGGUAACAUAGCCUGUCCGGGUGUAUGUGUUGAAUCUCGCCUGACGCAGUACUGCGAGGCGUACCUGACGUCCGGCGAGCUGUGUGUGUCCGGGCGCCUGUGCUGCGUGUCCAAGGACGGCUAUGGCGACCGGCGGCCGCCGGACCUGGUCGUUCCUAAUGAGAAGAAACACGUCACUAGGCGUCCGCCGUCCACUGCGCUAACAACAACCCCAGCGCCCAAGCAGAAGCCAGGUCACAAGUGUCGCGGCGACUGCAUCAGCGGGCUGUUCGCGCUGCUGUGCGACCACGUGGACGAGGACGCUAGCUGCCCCGCCGACGGCACCUGCUGCCUCACCGAGCAGAGCACCGAGCCCGCCACGCGCCGCCCGACCACCACGCCGAGACCCACCACGCCGCCUCCACUGCCACGGUGUCCGGGCUACUGUCUCCUCAACAUAAUGGCAGCUUUCUGCGAGCGGCCCGCCGUGCUCCUCUCACACACCACCUGCAAGCACAGUGGCUCCAUCUGCUGUGAUAAUACAAGAGUUCCUCCGCGCACGACCCCGCGGCCCACCACGACAACAACGACGACGACCACGACACCAGCGCCCGUCGAUCCACGGCCCGACUGCCCUGGUUCCUGCAUAGUGUCGCUUCUCUCCUUCACGUGUUUCCGCAACGCGGAGAUGACGGAUGUGUUUAAGUGCAAGAAGGCAGGCACCGCGUGCUGCGCGCCCAAGGCCAAGGUGCUGGAAGCGAUGGGCGUGAGCCGCAACGACUCGUACCCGCUGGCCACCACGCACACGCACGCAAUGGUGCUGCACACGCCCGCGCCCAUCACCACGCCCAUGCCACAAUACGAACCGAACUACGUGACGACGUUGAGGACACCUGAAAAGUACAACAAAUACGUCUGCGGAGUGAAAGGCACAUCAUCGCGCGCUGGCCGCGUGAUGGGCGGCGAGGACGGCGAGCGCGGCGAAUGGUGCUGGCAGGUGGCGCUCAUCAACUCGCUCAACCAAUACCUAUGCGGCGCUGCUCUCGUCGGCACGCAGUGGGUACUCACCGCCGCGCAUUGCGUUACCAAUAUCGUGCGCUCAGGUGACGCGAUCUACGUGCGCGUGGGCGACCACGACCUGACGCGCAAGUACGGGUCACCAGGCGCGCAGACGCUGCGCGUGGCGACCACGUACAUACACCACAACCACAACAGCCAGACCCUGGACAAUGAUAUAGCACUGCUAAAGCUGCACGGCAAAGCUGAGCUGAAAGAAGGUGUGUGCUUGGUGUGCCUGCCGGCGCGAGGAGUGAGCCACGCGGCGGGCAAGCGCUGCACUGUCACCGGGUACGGAUACAUGGGCGAGACGGGACCAAUCCCACUGCGCGUGCGCGAGGCUGAGCUGCCAAUAGUGAGCGACGCGGAAUGCAUCCGAAAAGUGAACGCUGUCACAGAGAAGAUCUUCAUCCUGCCUGCCAGCUCCUUCUGUGCAGGCGGGGAAGAAGGCAACGACGCGUGUCAGGGUGACGGUGGAGGUCCUCUGGUGUGUCAAGACGAUGGUUUCUACGAGCUGGUGGGGCUGGUUUCGUGGGGCUUCGGCUGCGGGCGGCGCGACGUGCCCGGCGUCUACGUCAAAGUGUCCUCCUUCAUAGGGUGGAUCAACCAGAUCAUAUCCGUGAACAAUCUAUAACAGUGAAUAUCCUAGGCAACUGUGUCCCAUUUUAGACUAUAUUUACACUUACCAUCAGCUCAUGGUCAUAGUCGUGGUCAUGGUCGCGGCCAUGGUCAUGGUCGUGGUCAUGGUCAAACGCGACACUAUCUGAUCUUGCAUAAAAAAAAUUCAACCGACUUCAGAAACGUAUAUUCACUAAAUUAAAAAGCGAAAAAUAACAACAUCACUUGUGUUUUACCUGCUGAUCAGUUUGAAGGCGGUGCUGGUGAUGUAUUAAUUCAAGCCAUCAUAAAGAUUUAGAUUUUUCAGAUAGUAAUCUUUCAUGUGGUUCAUUCAGAAACGGCUUAAAUUAACACACCGGCUGGGCACCGCCUUCAAAUCAGCAAGCGAAUUCAGUACCUUCUUCUUUUUGAAGUCGGUUAAAAAUAAAAUAAUGCAGCAAUGAUAAUAAUGCAAAUAAUGAACUUCAUUAUUGCUAGCAUUGCUAGCACUUGCAUCAUUAUAUUUAUCGUGCCUAAAUUAUAAUAACAGCCAAAAUGUUUAAUAUUCAAACUGCAGAGUUAAUAAUAAUAAUUAAUACAGAGGAGCAUAGUUACACAGAAAAGAACAGAAGACAAAGUAUUUGGCAAUUGACAAUAAUGUUAAACAGAGGCGUGAUUCCGCUAUUUUUGAAAUAUUCGCCUAUAAUAAGUUUAAUUCGAAAUUGAACUUUAUUUCUAUGGGACGCCAAAAUUAAAAUUUCACUAACAACGAAGUUUCCAUGGAAACCAACGAUGUCAUAGCGCUGUACUCGUAAUUUUACAGAAUGCGGGGGCAAUUGCAGUAGAUAGUGGAAAGACCCAAAAAAAAAACAUAGGUUGGUUGUAAGUACAUUACCUGAGCACGUAACCUACUGUUUGGAAGUCGAUUAAAACAUAUUUAUUGCGCGGUGACAUUAUGAUUAAUAGGAUAAAAAAUUACGUUUUAAGUAACCGAAUUUAUUUAUUAUGUCUCUACGUUAUUCAAAAAAACAAUAAUAUUGUUGUUAAAGUUCGAUAAAAAGCUAAAAAAGAACCUUAUAAUCUGUAUUUUUUUGCUUUAUAUAACAGUAGGUAAAUAGCCUUUACAAAUUAAAAAAAUAAACAGUUUACCAACAGUUUACAACUUAUUUUUGUAUUUAGAAUGCAUUUAUUUCUUUACUUUAAUAUUUUAUUUAAAGUUACUAUAUUUUAAGUCUUUGAAUUUGUAAAUAAAUAUUUGCCUGUAUUUGGAACAUUAGUUAGGUAUUUAAUUAUUUAUGAUAUGCAUAGUUAAUUUAAAUAGAAAGCAUUUAAAAUAUUUUCCCACCAUUUUGUAUUCAGUCGUAAUUUUUGAUACUGGCAAUUAAUAAUUUUGUAUGCAGUUUUAAAUGUUACCUUAAAUAAAUAUUUAUAAUGAUUAUACUAUAGUAGAUAGACGAUUUAAUUAUUUAUUAAAACAAAACAAGCAAAAAUUAAAUGAAAUUCUUGUAUGUUAUUUUUGUUUUAAAUAGCCUUUACCAAUAGGCUAGUUGACAUUUUUUUUAAUGGUCUUAAAUAGUUCAAUAACGUUCUACUAGAUAAAUUUUUUUUGAAACGUGUUUACUUGAAAAUUUUUUAUGUACCUACCUAUCUACCUACUAUGCGAAAUUAAUAUUGUUUUUAUUAUAAUUUGAUUCGAGUCAACUAACCUAUUGGAUUUUGAAAAGGCUGACCAAUUCUGACCAUUUACCUAUUUUUCAACAAAAAUCACUGACUAUUUUUUUACAUUUAACGUAGUUCUGUUUAGUCUUAGGUUAUGAACCAAACCGUAACUUAAACAUCAUAAAAAUAUAUUUGUUAAUUAAGCUAUUUAUAUUAAAUUCUAUUUCAGACUAUCUUAUGACUAUGGCUUGGAUUUCUAUUUUUGAAAAUACAAAUCCUGCGACUUAAGGAACAAACAUUAUAACCUUUAUUUUUAAUCUGUGUUUGCGACAUGGAGGAUAGUUUGCGAAACAUCUAUAGAUUAUCAGUAAAAAUUAAACCAUUUUAUCCAUUUCUAACUCUCGUCAAACUUUUAGUCCGGUAAAGGCCGUACAGACUAAGUACUUUAGUAUUUUAGUCUAAACUAAAAUGCUAUAAAGUCUAGACUAAAAUGCUAAAGUAGUCCGAACUAGGCAUUAUGCUAGACUGCGCAGCGAUCUCCGCAUAGUUCAGCGUGCUACAAUUAAAAAGUGGAAUUGAAAGUUUGGCGCGGUCUUUGUUAUUAAACUUUUUAUUAGAUUUUGCGCCUUAGUCUUUUCUUUAUUGUUGUAAAUAGUCUUAUCUUAGUUUAUUUAUCAUGGUUAUUGAAACUGCAUUUUGUGAGUCAAAACUUUGACCUACACUUAUUUAUUAUAUCAAAAAUGUUUUUUAAGCUAAUGUAAUUAAGUCUGCUAAUAAAAUAUUCAAUUUAAA